UACGUGGAAACCAUCUUCUCUUGUAACCAUCAAGUUUGAGUAAGCCAAAUUGGUCCCCAAGCUUUGGUUAUAAAACCACGUUAUCAAUUACCCAAACAACACACACGAGAGAGAGGGGAAAGAAAGAAAUGGAGGGUUUUUUGAGGCUUUUGGUGUCUGCAAAGCCAUAUUUAGGGGUCGUUUUUGUGCAGUUCGGGUCGGCUGGAAUGGCGAUCAUUGCGAAGUCAGCUCUCAACAAAGGGAUGAGCCAAUAUGUGUUUGUGUUCUAUCGAAUGGCUGUUGCUACUAUCGUCUUUGCUCCUUUUGCCAUUGUCUUUGACAGGAAAGUGAGGACUAAGAUGACCCUUCCGUUGUUCUUCAAGAUUGUGAUGCUCGGUUUAUUAGAGCCGGUGAUUGAUCUGAACUUGUAUUUUACUGGUAUGAAGUUCACAACAGCAACCUUUGCAGUCGCCAUGUGCAAUGUUCUACCAGCUUUUGCUUUCCUCAUGGCUUGGGCUUGCAGGCUUGAGAAAGUGAAUAUUUUGAAAAGGGGAAGCCAAGCAAAAAUCAUAGGAACCAUGGUGACAGUAGGAGGAGCCAUGAUUAUGACCUUCAUAACAGGACCCAUGUUGAAUCUGCCAUGGACAAAGCCCUACCACCCCUCUGCUUCUUCAUCUUCUUCUUCAGCUGGUUCUGCAAAUCACCAAAGCCCAAUCAAGGGCUCCCUUAUGAUUGCCAUUGGCGACAUUUCCUGGUCAGCUUUCAUCAUUCUUCAGAUGAUUACAUUGAAAUCGUACCCGGCCGAGCUGUCUCUUACAGCGUUGAUUUGCUUGGUGGGUACCAUUGGUGGCUGUGGGGUGGCUUUGGUCAUGGAGAGGGGGAACCCUUCUGCUUGGGCUGUGCACUUUGAUAGACAGCUUCUGGCAGUGGUUUAUGCUGGAGUAAUGUGUUCAGGGGUAACUUAUUAUAUUCAAGGAGUAGUGAUGAAAAUAAAAGGGCCUGUUUUUGUCACUGCAUUCAAUCCUCUGAGCUUGAUUCUUGUUGCAAUCUUGAGCUCCUUCAUCUUGUCUGAGAUCAUGUUCCUGGGAAGGAUUGUUGGAGCAGUGGUGAUAAUCACAGGGUUGUACCUGGUUUUGUGGGGCAAAAGCAAGGAUCAGCUUUUAGUUAAACCAGAAUCUGAUAAGAUAUCAUCUGGUAAGCAACAAAUGACUGCAACAACGGGUGAGGAGGGCUCGAAGUCCGUUCAAUCGAGUCAAGAGUUCACAGCGCUUGAUGUUGGCAAAGAGGACACAAAAUGAUGACAACUUCUAGUCCUGGUAUCUGUUAAUAUAUGAAGCAAUUGAAUGUGUUUAAAGUACCCUGCAUUUUCAUUUCCCAAAAUGUAUUUGUAACUAUAUAAUAAUAGUUUCUGUUUUUGUCG